GUAAUGCAUGGUUUGACACAUCAUCCCAAUAUUGGCAGUCAGAGGAAAGAGAAAUUGAAUUCUUCUUAAACCUUAAAUUGGGGAAGGUGAACUGGUGAAGCAACUUCCGGAUCAAUAUUUCAUAUCGAUCGCAUUAUUCGUUCAACUAUCCAAUGGCAAGUCCAAGAACUCGAAGAGUUUUGCAAGAAAUUAGACCAAAGGAUGACAAUAGUACAUGUUUUGAAUGUUCAGUUCACAAUCCACAGUGGGCAUCUGUUACAUAUGGAAUAUGGAUCUGUCUUGAAUGCUCUGGCAAACACAGAGGACUUGGUGUUCAUUUAUCCUUUGUUAGGUCAAUAACUAUGGACAAAUGGAAGGAUAUUGAAUUGGAAAAGAUGAAAGUGGGUGGAAAUUUGAAUGCCAGACUUUUUUUUGAGACCCAGCCAGAUUGGAACACAUCAAUGCCACUAGGCCAGCGCUAUAACACCAGAGCAGCAGCACUUUACAGAGAUAAAAUUUCUGCUUUAGCUGCUGGUAAAACAUGGGACAUAGAAAUAUCUGAUGCUAGAAAUUAUCAAACUGCCAAUAUUUCAAGAAGUUCUUCAGUAUACAAUGCUGGUUCACAAUUGGAAUCUAAAACAAAUAGAAACCUUCAUAGCAGCUCUUCUACUCCAAAUUUUGAUGCAGAUUUGCAUCAGCAACCUGAAUCAUCAUUUGGAUCAGCUGGUGGAUACCAAAAUUUUAAAGAUCAAAAAGAAGCAUUUUUUUCCAUGAAACAACUAGAAAAUUGUGGACGGCCUGACAAUCUCCCGCCAUCUCAAGGGGGAAAAUAUUCAGGUUUUGGAAAUUCUGCAUAUGUCCCACCAAGAAAUUCAUCUACCGAAGUUUAUGAUUCGCUUGCCACUGGUUGGUCAAUGUUUUCUGUUGGAGCGUCGAAACUAGCUGAAAGUGCUCUAAAAUUCGGUGAAAUUGCUUCUCAGAAAGUUGUCCAGGUCUCGGAAACUGUGGGAGAAAAAGUAAAAGAAGGGAGAUUAUUGGACGAUGUCGCGUCGUCGGUAACGAGUGUUGCUACUAAGGUUACUGAGAUUAGUAGGAAAGGAUGGGCGAAUGUUACUUCCGCUCGCAGUGAUUACGAUGAACCUCCCAGAGUGUCAGGGGAAAGAUCUUCGCUUCUAUCUGGAAGCACCAGUGGAGGAUAUGCACCAUUGUCUGGUGGAUGUUCUCCCAUCUACCAAGACAAUUUGAUGUCACCAGCUUCUUCUGUAAGUCAGGGGUUUAAGGGACAUAGUGUCAAUGAAUAUUCUCAAAGUGGUCAAGGUGAAGAUUCAGGUGAAUGGGUCUGGUCAAACGCUGCAAGUAAUAACGAUAGAAGUGAAAGUAAAAACGCUACUAAGACAUCUCGUAACUCAUCUGAAAAUGGUGACAAUCUUUUAAUUGAUUUUGGUGACAAAAAGAAAACAAAUGCUGCUAAGAAGACUUCCUCUCCUGCUGUCACUGCAGUUAAAACCAAAACUGCUGAAGAAGAAGCAUGGGAUAUGCUUAACAGCUGAUUUGUUCAUUUAAAACUUGCAUUUUUUCCCUUGCUAUUUUACCAUUCAUUGUCUCAAAAGAUGCUUUCCAAUGUUUCUUUUUUGAUUGUUAGGUUCUCUGUAAGUUUACCAUUCACUUAAUAUUAUGGGACUGUCAAGAUUGUACCAUCUAGGCAAAAUAUGUCUUCAAUCCAAAGUGAAAAAAAAAAAUAUAUUGCUUCUGGAAGGAAAACACAAA